CUCCAGUUUGAAGCGCAGGUCCGUGAUUUGUGGUUUUUAACGAUGCUCUUCCGCCCCAAUCUAUUGAUUAUGCUAACUAUUCACCCCUCUUCUUUCUUACAGAAAACGAAAUCGACUUUUUUUGCAAAGAUAGCAUACUUUGAUUAAUCCUUUUCCCCCUAAAAUGUUAACCUAAUUAGGGUUACAGCCAAAAUGUUCGGAGCGGUUGACAAUCCACAUUUUAGUCGAACGACUUCACAGAAGCACACUGCCUAUUGCUGGGAUGCUCUCUCGUUACAGCACUCCUUGACUUUAAUUCGGGAAGCAUUUAUACUUUUAAAAACGUUGAAUAUAACCCUAACCCUUUCUCUUCGUUGCAUCAAAAUAUUAUAUGCGGAAUGUCAUUUAUAUUACCAUGCUGGCAGAUAGCAAAAAAAAAGAGCUUUCGAAAAUCAAGAGGGCCGUGUGCCUUGUCCUGCACUCAGAGAGUACGCAACCGGUUUGAAGUUAGUUCAGCCGCAAAUUCCUGUCUCGGCCGCCCCACCCAACACCCUGCCACACCUCGAAGCAUCCCAUCGACACAAAAACCGCGGGAAGCGCGCAAACUACAUCCAUCCAACGUGGCACAGAAACCAAAGGACAUUCUCUGCGAAAAUAGCGAGGCAGUUGUCAGAAAUGUUAUAAUCCAGCAUCUUGAAAGUUGCAUUUUUGCUGAAGUUGUUGCUGCCGUUGACAUCAAUACUGUUGCUAAUGAAGUUUAUAAGCACAACUUUCCUAACACUUGCAUUUACCCCAAAACAAUUGAAGGUAUAACAUUAGCUGAGUUCAACAAAUUCGACUUUGAUAUGAUCUUGAUGAGUCCUCCUUGUCAGCCAUUCACAAGAUUAGGUGCACAGAAAGAUGUAUUGGAUUCCAGGAUCAAGAGCUUUUUGUACAUCCUUGAUUUAUUACCAAGCCUUAUAAAGCCUCCUAAAUAUAUUCUUCUUGAAAAUGUCAAAGGAUUUGAAACAUCUGUUGCAAGAGAUAAAUUGAUACAAACUCUGAAGAAUUGCGGAUAUUCAUACCAGGAAUUCCUACUCUCUCCAACCUUGCUGGGAAUACCAAACUCAAGACUACGAUAUUUUCUCCUUGCCAAGCUCCAGCCUGAUGCUUUUUGCUUCCAAACUUUCAGUCAGGUACUUGAACAAUUCCCGGACUGCGAUAGCGUGGAAAUGACAAGUUCUAGUUUUAGUCGGGUGUUAUCUGCUGAUGGUAGCAAAAAAGAGGAGAAUAACUCAAAUUGUUCUGCUAAUGAAAUCAUAAGCAAAGAAGAUGAGACUGUGCUUUACAAGUUAGAGACAUUAGGACAUAUGAAACGGAAACAAAGCCAGGACAAUAAUUCAUCAAUACAAAUGAUCCAAAAUUUCUUGGAGGAACAACUGGAAGACCCAAGCCCAUACUUCAUAUCUCCAAAGUCCUUAUUACGAUAUGCUUUGAUACUGGACAUUGUUGGACCAACUUGCAGAAGAUCAGUUUGCUUCACAAAAGGGUAUGGUUGUUACAUGGAAGGAACAGGUUCAGUGUUGAAGACUGCUUCAGAUGUAGAGCUUGCCUUAGUAUUCCUGUCAUUUGAGACAAUGUCAGAAGAUGAAAAAUUGACCCAGCUGGCAAAAUUGAAACUUCGAUAUUUCACCCCAAGAGAAAUAGCAAAUCUCCAUGGAUUUCCUCCAGAAUUCAGUUUCCCUGAGAAAAUUUCACUGAAACAAAGAUACCGCCUGCUGGGAAAUAGCCUCAAUAUCCAUGUGGUAGCCAAGCUUAUUAAAUUGAUGGUUGAUUGAUGCUGAAAACAGAAUUUUUAUGAUGUAUAGUAUAUAAAAAUGUAUGUUUAUUUUAGCCAGCAAGUAAUAGAUUAUAUGAAAGUGUUUCUCAAUAGUGUUCAUCAGAAGUAAUCAUUGAUUUCAUUAAGACUAAUUAAUUUAUUUGUGUAGAUGUCUUGGAACAUUUUUAUCAUUUGCUUCUCUUGCAUGUACAAGUGAAUCAUAGCUCAAUCUGAAUGACUUGCUGUAGUUUUUGACCUAUGCCUGUUGUCACCAUAUAUUGUAAUGAAAACUCAUUGAAAUAAUUCUUGAUGUACAUAUUAAGUGGUGCCUGUUUCUAAUAAAGACUUUUAAGAACUCUGUAAAUUUAUGAAUAUUUUUGGUCAUCAGAUUGCAACCUACUAUCAGAAAAAUAAAUGCCUCAGUAAUGACAGGAGGACAUCAACACAAAAUGUAAACUCUGUUUCUCCCUCCACACAUGCUGCCUGUCCUGCUGAGUAUUUUGAGCAUUUGUUUUUACUUUAGAUUUAAAGUAUCAGCAGAUUUUUUGCUUUUCAUGCCCAGUUUUUUGUUAUGUCUGUCGUUUAGAUAAAUUAGACAUUUGAUAUCCUCCUACGGCUAUCAAAGUUGUCAAAUUUUGUUACUUUAUUUUAACAUGAAAUUUUAACAUGAUCACAGGCUAAAGGAAAUGUUCUGUGAAGUCAUUGUGACCUUCAAUGGUAGAAAUUGCAGCAAUCAAGCUGUUAAGUUGCCUUUUUAUGAAAUUAUAAGCACAAGCAUUGCACUCUUAACAUGAUUUAGUCCUUUCAGUCUAAACAAUAUCUGACAAUUAAAUAGGAAACUUUCAUUUGAUCAUAUUGGAAAUUUGUGUACAUUUGGAUGUGCGUCCUUCCAUUCACUUUUCCUAAAAUAAAGUGAAAGAGCUGUUUUGCCAUUGUCUAUGUAAUAUAUAUAAACUAAGACAUGUACCUUCCUCUGUUCUUCUAACAUUUAUGUUUAAUAUUUAUCUGGAAAAAGUUAGAAGAGUUCAGAAUCUUUAUUAAAGGGAAGUCCUGCAUUUUGAUAUGGGUGUGUCAAAAUUCUGUUGAAUGGAGUUGCACUACACGUGUAUAGUGUAUGGUUAAGCCACAAUCGCAUACAGUAUUCACUUCUGAAAUCACACUGUAAGAAAGAAUGAUUUCAGUUAAUGGAGUAUCAGAAGCCGAGGUCAGUCAAUAUCCAUCAUUAUAUGGAAAGUUUAGUAUACACUGGAGGACAAAUUAACACCCCAUUAUU